AUGCCUUCUAUGGUUAUUUUUAUCUUUUUUAUUCUUUUACUUUCCCAUAAGUCCUUAUGUAAUAAUGAAGUUGAUAUUCGUGCUUUUGCCUAUGAGACGAGGAUUGAGUCACCUGACAAUGAGGCUUUGAAUAGGACCCUUAAAGGUAGUGUCGUAAUUACUACACAUGUUGUCGGAGCAAGACGAAAACCGUUGGGAGGAAUGGAGGCUACUCAUAAUCGAUUGUUGUUGCAAAUACUGCUUGAAGUUGAGGGAUCACUAUCCCCUUUUAAAGGUCUUCUUUUGCGCAAUGAAUGGGGUGCAGUGGAACGUGUUCUUCUACCCUCCUUUUACAAUUCCUCUGAUUAUCAAGUCAACUUUAUUAAAACUAUUGCUGGCAUCUUUAACUAUCAUUAUUCAUUUGUACCCGGUGUGGAAUAUGAUACAUCUGGACGUUGUCAAACCUAUUAUGCUGAAGUAGAAAAUGUCGAUGAGGUAUCAAGUUUGGCUGGAGUUAUGGUUAUUGACAAGCAGAAGGUGUUGUGUGAACCUCUGGGUCAACCAGUAGAUGCUGGUGUAUGGAGCACAUCUCCCAUGCUAAAGGACAGUCGUAUCACUGACAGUUGGAUACGAUACUACCUGGAAAGUAGCACUGGCCUAUUAAUGCAAGCCAUGACACAUGAAAAGCAUAGAGUUGCCUUCUCUCUGGACCCUGACACUUCUGGCAAGGCGGACAUACAAGUUAGUGGAGCGCAAACGUUGAAAGCAUUGGAUGCGACAAGUGAGGCGGGAAAAAAAGUCAUUCAGAAGCUCAGUAGUCGCCUAAGAACCACCAAGUCUACUGAAUUGUCAACCAUGGCUACAGAACUACUGGAUGGCACGUACAGAGAGGAGCACCUGGCUCUGUCUAUUCCCCAUCAAAGUAUUUCAACUGGCUGUGGUAUCCAAUCGGUGGCAUUUGAGGAGGAGACUCACGAGAGUCCUCGAGUUGCUCUCGCGUUGCAUGGAUUGCAGGAGCAGUUGAAAGAUUUUACAAAAGCAUUCGAAGAGUCUGCGCGUAUUUCAACAGCUCAUGCUGCUCUCCAACUGAUCCGAUUUCUUCGUUGUCUUCCUGCCAAUCAAGCCACUGUCCAGAUUGUGGCCGCAGCGCUUAACUUCAUACCUGCCUCACAUAGAGAGUUGAAUCGACAACUGGAAUCGAGUUGGCAUACUCACCUAUCUGACAUAGUAGUUGACUGUGGUACAGAUCUCUGUCUCGAAUUGAUACGACAACGCCUUGUAAAGGUGACAGCUUUAGCUGCCUUUGAUAAGGUUGGAAGUGCUGCUCCCCGUGAGGUGCGUCCAAUCAGGACCUACCUUUCCGAUGUCUUAUGGCCGGGAAUUGCUCACAUCUCUAAUCCCUCGAUGAAGAUGUUGAAGGAACUACUCGCCGUUUGUUAUCACUCACUUCCUGCCAUGGAGAAGAGUAGCCAAGCAGACGAAGAUGACUCCAUCAAUCCCUAUAAUUGCCUCUCAGCUAUUGCCUCGAUAAUUACCAAAUUUAAGGGCAACCAUGCUGAAGAAAAGUCACUCUUUUCCAGAGUUCAGGAGACUCUGAUCAGUUUUAUCAGUCUUGGAAGUAAGCCUUAUACGGAUAGCAGAUUGAAUCGGCAAAAAUUUAUGGCAACUUUCACAGCCAUCGAGAAAAUGCGAUCAAGUGUCUUCUUUGAGGCUCUCAUCGCCUUUAUAAGCAAUUCCCAAGUGCCAUCCAUUAUUCGAGCGGUUGGUCUCAAGGCGCUUGGCAAGCUUGAUUUGACAGCAAAUACCACGGCUUUUGACAGAGUGGUUAGCAGUCUCAUUGACUUCAUUGACUCAUCAACACCAGGUCAAUUUUUUCAUAAUGAGGAAGAGGAAUUAAUUCUUAAAUUUGGUGCCUUCUCUGUUUUACUCAAUCUGGAGGUCUCGGCACCAGAGGUGGCAAAAAUUCUCGCCACUUUUGGUAAAAAGAAACAAUGGCCCCUCAUGACAAGUUGUCGUCGACUUGUUGACAGUUGGUGUGCUAAUGAACUCCUCUCCGAGACAGAGUGUCGAUGCAUUAGAUACGGUGGUGCCUUCUAUGGUGGUGCAAGUGAUGCUGGAGCGCCUCAUAGAGUCUGUUCACCUGGUCUUGCUGCCGGAUGGUCAGGUUUGGCUGGCACAAAAACCGCCGGUGAGGUGAAUCUCAUUCAUGGCGACCUUCAGGACAGCCGACCCUACUUUCUGUCUGAUUACUCACUUCAAUGGAUUACUGGACCCCACGGUGAGAUUAGAAUGUCCAAUCUCAUUCUCAGCUUAAUUGACUCCGAGAGUGAGGCCAAAAUACUAAGUUUUGACAUCUACGGUGAUCAUCUUGCCGUGUUAAUGGGAAAGGGAGAUACCAAGAUGACGCCUUGGAUGUCAGUUGGAUUUUCCUUUCUUCGUGGAACCAUUCCUCCUCGUCAGGUGUUCUCUGGCGGUUUGACGGACAUUAUAAAUCUCCUUUUUUCAGCUCCUGAUCAACCGACACGAUUUUUUGGUGCAACUAGACUUCCCAUGGAUGUUAGACGCUACAUUCCUUUGUCGUCAGGAUGGAUUUUGAAAAAUGACUUAAUGGGUGUCGCCUCCAUUGAAUUUUCUGCUGCUCUCAGUUCAAGUAUGUUUGCACAAAGCGGUACGGCUCUCAUAAGAACUCGAGCAGCUGUUGUGGUGGAAAAUAGCAUUACAGUGAUGUCCUCCACCGGUGAAAGCCUUCCUAUCACAUCAGUAGUCAAUGGAGUUGGCACAGCAGCUCGUUUCGACUUCUUAAUCCACAUGGAAGUGCAAGGCAUGCCUGACUCCAUAUGCAUGCAUUUUCAACGCUCACGGAUGACACCUCUCCUGCGGUGGGUGGGAAAAUUUACAGAUUCACCAGUGUUGAGUCAACGCACCUCCCUUUUGCGUCCUCUUCCUACACCUCAUGAGGGCUUUAAUGAACAUUACAAUCUGCUUCUGUCCCUACGCAUUCCACCUGUGUCGUACUUUCUGGGCGAACAAAACACCGCGAGAUGUAAACAAGUUGGUGUCAACAAUGAGUGGAAUUAG